CGCGACGGCAUUCCUGCAGUAGUCUAGGCGGAUUCGUUCCCUCUGAAUCGACGCGUUCACCUUCGUCAAAAUUUUGACGCAGAUUCUGUAUGGGUCAUGGCUGCUUCUGGCUUUCUGGUGGGACUGUGGUUGUCGCUUUACGUGACGAACCCGUCCUGCUAUGUUCAUGCACUAUUCAUAACUUUGUGAUUCCCUCUUGCAGGGAGUUUACAGGACUACAAUGGUUUGCAUAUGACAGCUUUGGCUAUCAUAUAGCAUUCAACGCGGUCCAUCUCAAAAUUAUAGCAUGCUUUGCAUGCUGGUCGUAUCGACAAAGAUGAUUUGAACAGCUCGUCGGUCGGCCCUACACAGUUUGGGUGGCUUCUAUACACCAUGCCAUCAACACAUGUUUGGGUUCAUUUUGUAUCAACGCCUGG